CAGACUACGCUGUCUGGACGGCGUCCCAAGAGGCAUCCUGGCUUCAUGGACACUUUGUGUGGAUGAAGGGUUGAAGGAAAUCUCUGUGGAGGCAUUCAUGAACAAGUAGAGUAUAUCUUUUAGGCCCGAGAAUACGAUUGCAUGGAAUCUUAUUUUUGACCGUGAUACACAAUCGGAAUGCAAGCACAACAACAUCGACUGUGGAAAUUAUUGCUUAUCAUUAACAUUAGCGCUCGGGAAAUUCAGUCCCGGAACCGGGUGUUUACUUGAUCAUCCCUUUCCCUAGCCCUCGCUCUAUCUGACCACCAUGUCCUCAGAUGACUCGAAUAAUCAACCUCAAGCGAGCACAAGUGGAAGCGGAUACGGAGAAAUUCGAGCCUCUAUCGACGUUGACGCGCUAGAAAAGUAUCUAGAGAGGACUUUGAAGGGUGUAAGGCUACCACUUGGUGUUAAGCAGUUUAAAUUUGGCCAAUCAAAUCCGACGUAUUUCCUCACAGACGCUAACAAUACACGCUAUGUUCUGCGCAAAAAACCCUCGGGCGCCCUUCUUUCUAAAACGGCACACCAAGUCGAGCGGGAAUACACCGUGUUACACGCUUUACACCAAUACAAUCUCCGUCCAACUACUUCCUCAAACUCACGUGUUCCAGUUCCAGAGCCGUAUCUUUUGUGCACCGACACCUCUGUCAUUGGCACAUCAUUCUAUGUCAUGCAAUUCCUUGACGGACGUAUCUUUGAAGACGCCAGGUUACUGGGACUACCUAGCCCGAAAGACCGAGAAGAAUGUUGGAUAGCCGCCAUACGCGCUCUUGCGGCUCUUUCGUCUAUCGACCCAGCUGAUAUUGGGUUAGGUGAGUAUGGACCUCCGGGAGCUUAUUUCCCCCGCCAACUCCGUGCGUUUAGCAAAAUCGCAGAAGUGCAAGGUGCUACGCGGGAUAUCGAUACAAACGAGCAGGUUCAUCAGAUUCCCUUUUACGAAUCAAUGUUACGUUGGUUCCAGACGCAUUUACCCGAUGAGUCCAGGAUAGGAAGAAGGAUCGUUCAUGGGGAUUAUAAACUCGAUAAUUUAGUUUUUCAUCCAACACAGAACGUCGUCAUUGGGAUUCUGGAUUGGGAAUUGUCGACACUGGGAAGUCCGUUGGCAGAUUUUGCCAAUCUCACUCAGCCGUGGAGUAUUAAACCAGAGUAUCUUCCCACCGAUGGCGUUUUCCGACAGAACGUUAGAGCGUUCAAAGGUUUACCAACUAAUAUUGGAACGAGCGAGGAAAACUGCGCUCCGGUCCAAAUAGACUUGUUGGAAAAAGAGUAUUGCAGAUGCAUGAACCUCGAAUAUCCAUUGAAAGAUAUCGUGUUUGUAAAAAGUUGGAUGCUGUUCAGAACAAGUAUCAUCUCACAAGGCAUCGCCGCGCGCGUAGCUCGUCGUCAAGCAUCUUCAGCAAAUGCAGCUCAAUAUUCUACCUCCGUAGACCUUUUUGGUGACCUUGCGAGAAAGGUCGUAGUUGAUUCUGGUGAGGAUGUAGAAGGAGUGAACGAAGGGGCAAAGCUGUAGUCAUCUUGCAUUUGGAUCGAUAAAUGUUCACUUGCCGAUGUAGAACCAAUUCAACCGA